UUCAGCGUCAUAUCAUAGCCGACCAUGGCGGAAUGUGGUCGAGUUGACAGCAACACAAGUAGUCACACCAUGGAUAAAAGCAUUACCCUUCCACCGGAUGAAAUUUUCCGUAAUAUGGAGAAUGCGAAGCGCUUUGCCAUAGACAUAGGUGGAUCUCUGACUAAGCUUGCUUACUACUCUACUGUUCAACACAAGGUGGCCAAAGUACGAUCAUUCGACCACAGCACAAAGGAAGCAGCAGGCGACAAGCUGUAUGAAAUAGCUGUACAGGAAGAGGUCACAGCUCGCCUGCAUUUUAUCAAGUUUGAAAAUGCCUACAUUGAGACGUGCUUGGACUUUAUCAAAGACCACCUGGUCAACACCGAGACCAAAGUCAUUAAAGCUACAGGUGGAGGGGCGCACAAGUUUAAAGAGCUAAUAGAAAGGAAACUUGGGCUCAAAGUGGACAAAGAGGAUGAGAUGACCUGUCUCAUCAAGGGCUGUAAUUUUGUGCUGAAGAACAUCCCUCAUGAGGCUUUCGUUUAUGCCAAACAUGCUGACUCAGAGUUCCGCUUUCAGACCACUAAUCCUGACAUCUUCCCCUACCUGCUUGUGAACAUCGGCUCAGGGGUCUCAAUAGUCAAGGUUGAAUCAGAGGACAAAUUUGAGCGAAUAGGUGGAAGCUCAAUAGGCGGUGGGACAUUCUGGGGCCUUGGAGCGUUGCUCACCAAGACAAAGAGAUUUGAUGAGUUACUACAGUUGGCCUCUAAAGGACAGCAUUCAAGCGUCGAUAUGCUUGUCAAAGACAUCUACGGAGGAUCUUAUGCAUGUUUGGGGUUGACUGGAGACCUUAUAGCAAGUAGUUUUGGGAAGUCUGCAACAGCUGACAAAGAGUUCUCUAACGAAGACAUGGCCAAGAGUUUACUCCAUAUGAUCAGCAACGAUAUCGGACAGCUAGCCUGUCUGUACGCCAAACUCCACAACCUGUCCCGAGUGUACUUUGGAGGCUUCUUUAUCAGAGGACACCCUGUCACCAUGCACACAAUAACUUAUAGCAUCAAUUUCUUUACAAAGGGUGAAGUUCAGGCUUUGUUUUUGAGACAUGAAGGCUAUCUUGGAGCCAUUGGAGCUUUUCUCAAAGGAGCAGAGGAAGAUAAUCCAAACCAGUACAGCUGGGGUGAAAACUAUGCAGGAAGCUCCGGUUUGAUGAGUGUCUCUCCUGACAUGAAUCCAAUGCAGCGUGCUCGCAGUGGAACUUUUCCUUUUGACAUGUUAGAGAUGGACCGUCUGGAUAGACAGCUGGUGAAUUUGCCUCUACUCCAGGAUCCUUCCUCCUACAUCCCCGACACAGUCGACCUCACAGAGGACGCUCAGGCCCGGGAAUACUGGCUAUACUGCUUUGAAGAAGCUUUAGAUGGGGUGGUGAAGAGAGCUGUAGCAAGCCAGCCGGACAUACCAGAGGCAGCCGAGCGAGCUGAGAAGUUUCGUCAGAAGUAUCUACACAAACUUCAAACUCUGCGCCAUCAGCCAUUUGCUUAUGGAUCCCUCACUGUCAGAAGUCUGUUAGACACGAGGGAACACUGUUUAAACGAGUUCAACUUUCCUGAUCCCUACUCUAAGAUUAAAGAAAGGGAAAACGACAUUGCUCUCAAGUACUACCAGAAAGCAGUGAAGUCCUUGGAGGAGCUGAGCUGGGAGGACAGACAGUUUGCUCUGGUUAGGGGCGUCUUGGCAGGGAAUGUUUUUGACUGGGGAGCCAAGGCUGUGUCAGAGGUCCUGGAGUCUAACCCUGAGUUUGGAUUUGAAGAAGCUAAACGACGAUUAGAAGAUCGGCCAUGGCUUGUUGAUUCUUUUGAUCAGUGGCUCGAGAGAUUAAAGGGUCCUCCUCAUCGGUGUGCCUUGUUUUUUGUGGAUAAUAGUGGAGUAGACAUCAUUUUAGGAGUGAUACCUUUUGUCAGAGAGCUUCUCUUUCGGGGCACAGAGGUUGUGUUAGCUAGUAAUUCCGGUCCAGCUUUAAAUGAUGUAACAAACAGCGAACUUCAGAUUCUGACAGAAAGAAUCGCAGCAAUGGAUCCUGUGAUUGACUCUGCCCUGAGGGAGGACAGGCUGACAUUAGUCCAGAAUGGUUCCAGUUCUCCCUGUUUGGAUCUGAGCCGCCUGGACAAGGUCCUGGCGAUGUUGGUGAGGGAGCGGCAGACCGACUUGGUGAUCAUCGAGGGAAUGGGUCGAGCCAUCCACACCAACUACUAUGCCAUGCUCAGCUGUGAGAGCCUCAAGAUGGCUGUCAUCAAGAACUCAUGGUUGGCCGACCGACUGGGAGGAAAACUCUUCAGUGUGGUUUUUAAAUACGAGGUUCCAGCCGGAAAAUCCCAUUAGGACGCUACAGCUCUGACGCCAUAAAGAAGUUUAAAUUAAACACAGUAGUUAAUCAGCUAGAACAGUUUGACUGGAUCACCGAAUGUAUUGACUGGGAUUGUAAAUUCUAAUUGGAUGAACAUUUGCUUUUAAGGAUGAUCAUUUAUAGAAGUUUUUUUUUUUUCUCGCAUUUUUGGUUUUACUGUUUCAUGAACUCCAGGGGUUCUCCCUCUUCCCCUUCCCAAGUUUCUGUCUAGCUGUGUGUUCAGUCAUCACUGCCGGUUCAUCUCAUUCAUCACCUGAGAAAUCAAAACUGUCUGUGUUUAGAAAACUUUUGCAGAAGUUAAAAUGUAUUCUGAAACCUCUAAAAAAAAAAAAAAAAAAAGUAGAAGCCUCUGGUUGGUUCGUAGAUUGCCACGGAAACGAGCAGUUGGAUCAUUAACAUUUCUUAUCCAUGUAGCACACUUUAUUAAUGCCAUGAAAUGUAUUUAAUGUGCCUUAAGCUUGAUGUGAUACAAACAUCUUUCACUCAGAUUGUGUUUCAUUCUUGUUGCAAGUUUAACUGCUUUGGUCCAGCUCACGUUUGUUGCACAUUAAGGAAAGGAAACAAAUCACUAUUUGACUGCCAGCAAUUAAUUGGAGAUUAAGGAAUGGAGUAUUGUCUCUGACAUUUGUUUAGAGGUUAAGAGUCAGAGAAAAUAUUUCAUCCGAGUGGGGAAGUAGCUGCACUUUACCGCUGUAAUUAAAGGCACCGGCAUGGUUUCCUCCACUGGGUGGCAGUAUUCUACUGUGUAGAUAUUUCUUUAUCAAAUCCUUCCCAUGGUGCUUGGUGUCAAAAUUAACACUGCAUAAUUCAGGUUAAGCGUUCUGUGAGAAUCACAAUAUUGAGAAAAUGUAAUUUAUUUUCAGCAGUUCACUGGCAUGCUAGAAUACACUCUAUAUUCCAUUUAAAAAUAAUAAUAAAAAAUAAAAAAUCAGAGUUUGACAAUAAUACUGCAGCACCUGGUCGAUGUUGUGGUAGUGAAGUUAGUGGGUGUAUAACUUCAUUUAAAAAAAAAAAAAAAGGUAGGAUUUGAGGUGUAAAUAGAUUAGAAAAGCAUCAAUGUGGAAAUAUCUCCACAAAAACUUUUGGACUCAUGUUUCAAUGCUUUAUUUCUCCUUUUGUACAUAUGUGAUAUACAAGAGUGAGUGUGUGUGUAAAUAUAUACAUAUUAUAUAAAAUCCAGCUGUAUCUCUUCACUUAGCCACACAAAGCACAGAUUUUGAGUAUUAUUCUUCUGACAAUCAGUUUUAAUUAAAUUGUGAAAACAUUGA